AUGAAGCGAACCAUUUCUUCUCUUAAUAAUAACCGAAAUGUGGGUUCAUCGCGAGCAAAGCGAACUCGAACAACUCCUGCAGCGAAUGAAAAAGAGAAUAUCGUCCAUACUGACGAUUCUGAUGCAAUUUCGAAUCACAGCACAGUUCUGGGAAAAAAACCAGAACGUAUCAAUGAGGUGCCAUUGAACAACAAGGGUAGUCGGAAUACUGAUCUUGGGAAUGCAUCAUCUACACUAUCUGGAUCUAGUAUUACAUUUUCUUCGACGGCAUCAAGAAGUGCAUCAUCAGCGGCAAAUCCCGAUACACGAGCGGUUCGCAUUCCGGAUCACUCAUCACAAUUUCAACUAACUACUGACAGUUGUGUUGCUUCGAAUACAAACUUGGAAAAAAAGUCUUCGAUCGAAGAAAAAGCAAAAACGAAGUUGGCAUCUACCAGUUCAAAUGCCAUUGUCACACAACGUUCGAGCUCACAGUCAGUAUUUCAUAUAAAAGUACAAAAUUCAUCUUUAUAUCCAACAUUCUUAGAUUCCAUUCCAUGUUCAAUGUCUAAUAAUCGACCGGAAACGCAACGCUUGUCGUCAUCAAAUAAUCUUUUGAAUUCCACAGCGAGCCAAUUCCCUUCGCAGGCUUUGAUCGAAGGCAGCCUCGAGUAUAGAGAGUUAAAGAGACUAUAUGUGCGCGAACAACAGCAAGUGGAAGAGUGGCGAAAGGAUUAUCAAGUUAUGAAACGCCAAUUAGCCGAUUUGAAAGCCAAUAGCAUUCCACGGCCCACCGCCGAAGCAGUCGAGUGGCUUCAAGAAGUUUUCGAUCUGAUGAACAAUAAUGGUGUUUACCAAGGUGACGGUCGAACACUAGAGAAAAUCGGUGAGGAUUUAGGUCUGGAUCCGGCAAAUCUGAUUACUGUAGCUGCGCGUACACCUCAAAGAUCUGCCCUGAAGUUGUUUCGAUUGUUAUUUUCCACGACGGGAAGCCGUGCUGCACUUGGAUCAGUGAAGAACAUUGCACAAUCAACAUUGCACGACAUCUAUGCAUAUGUACGUACUCUUCAUCCGAAUCUGACAUUCCAUAUGAACGACAUGAAGAACGCUAUUGGCACAUCAAUUCGAAGUGCGAAAAGCGAAUUACGCAGAGCAGAUCGAUACCUAGCGCAACCGUUGAAUGCCUCAUCAAACGAUGAAGACGUUGAUCUCGAAGAUGAAAACAGAACAAAUGAAGGCUUUAUAAACAUUUCAGGUCCAGCUUCGCAUACAACUGAUGGUUUUUCUGAAGACGAAAGUGACGAUGAUAUUCAACACGGUGCUCAUGGGGAUGCUGAUGAAGACGAAUUCGAUGAACAAAAUGAAGAUGUGGAAGAAGACCACGACGAACAACCAACAUAUUCGCAUCAAAGACGCACGCAUCGUUGA